AGAAUUCCUCUUGACAUCCAUGUGAUUACAUCAACAGCCCCCAAACUGUAUAAAUACUGGGAGACGAGCUCAGUCGUUCUCACAGACGUCACAGAUCAGAUCGCUGAGGUGUCCUAAUCUCUGGUCAUCAUGAGGGUGUUUGCAGUAAUCCUUGCACUGGCGGUCUUUUCAAGCUGCCACGCACGAAGCUUGCUUCAGCAGGACUGGCAGGACAGCUGGGAAACCACAGUCGACAAGUUUAGGGAUUACAUCACGGACCUGAACUCAAAGGCUGAUGUAGUGGUGAAGGACAUCAAGAGCUCCCAGAUCAGCAGAGAACUGGACACCCUGAUCCAGGACAGCAUGGCCGAGCUGGCCAUGUACAAGGAUGACCUGCAGACCAAGCUGGCUCCCUACACUCAAGAAGCCGCAGAUCGUCUGGGCAAAGACCUGCAGCUCAUGGCCGACAAACUCCGUGAACACAUGACUGAGGCCCGAGAGCAGAUGGACAAGUACGUCCAGGAGCUUCAGACCAUGAUGGAGCAGAACACCGAUGACGUCAGGGGCAGAAUUGCCACCUACACCCGUAAAAUGAAGAAGCGCCUCAGCAAGGACACAGAGGAGAUCAAGAGACACGUCACAGAGUAUUUCGAGGAGCUUCAGUCCCGCACCUCUGAGAAUGUGGAGGACCUGAAGACUAGACUGGACCCUUACUUUGCUCAGGUGCGAGACAACGCCCAGACAAAGAUCACCACCCUGAAGGACCUGCUGAUGUCUCAGAUGGAGAACAUGAAGCUCAAGAUUCAGAAUACAGCUGAGGACAUCAAAGAUCGCCUUGAGGACACCACUGACAACCUGCGAUCCACCCUGAAGGGGAAGAUGCAGGAUGUGCGCGACAUUUUUCAGUCCUUUGUGUCCUAUUUCAGUGGAAGCCAGUAAACCCUACAACUAGCCUGGACUGCUCAUUUAUCCAUCGCUUCAUAAGUUAAAACCCUAAUUCAACAGUUUAAAGUCAUCAAAUGUGUUUGUUCGACCACUCCCUGUGACUUUAAUAAAAACCAGCUGCUCACAUUUGA